AUGUCAUCUAAGACGUCUGAAAAUAUGCAGUGGCAUUUCAAAAAAUGUGUUUCAGAUGGAAAUCUAAGGCAUCCAGCUGAUUCUCGAGCAUGGAAGGAAUUUGAUGAACGUCAUUAUGACUUUGCGUCUGAUCCUAGAAACGUACGCUUGGGACUCGCCGCUGAUGGGUUUAAUCCAUUUAAAAAUCAAAGCACUUCACAUAGUACUUGGCCUAUUGUCCUAAUGCCUUACAAUUUGCCGCCUUGGGAAUGCAUGAAGCCUUAUUCUAUUAUUUUAUCCACCCUUAUUCCAGGCCCAAAAGCACCUAGCAAUGAUAUUGAUGUAUAUUUGCGCCCCCUAUUGACUGAAUUGAAAUAUUUAUGGGAAAAUGGAAUUGCCACAUAUGAUGCUUGUGACAAAAAAAUGUUUCAACUGCGGGCUGCAUUACUUUGGACAGUUAGUGAUUUUCCUGGUUUGGGUUGUUUGUCUGGAUGGAAUACAUAUGCCAAGAAUGCAUGCCCAACUUGUGCUGAUAAUACAGAUGCAGUGUACCUAAAACAUGGCAAAAAGUGGUCAUUCAGAGGGCAUCGUCGUUUUCUACCACCAGAUUCAGAAAUGCGAACAAUGCCAAGUUAUGGCAAACCAGAGCUACGUGAGUUAGAUUUGGCACCAUUGUUGGGAUCUGAUGUUCUACGAAUGACCUUAAACAAGAAUGUGAUUUUUGGUAAGAGUAAUGCAUCAAAACCAAAUGUGAGAAUAAAAACAGGAUCAAUUGAACAAAUGUGGAGAAAACAAAGCAUAUUUUUUAGCCUUCCAUACUGGGAAUUUAAUUUGAUCCGACAUAAUUUGGACCCUAUGCAUAUUGAAAAAAAUGUUUGCGACAACAUUGUUGGAACACUUAUAGAUGAUGCCAACAAGAGCAAAGAUAAUUACGCAGCACGUAGAGAUUUAAAGAAUUUGGGUAUUAUGAAACAAUUAUGGCCUCGGGCACAAUCAGAUGGUAGAGAGUAUUUGCCACCUGCAUGUUACGCUAUGUCUAAAGAUGAAAAAAAGAUAUUUUGUUCUGUAUUAAAAGAUAUUCGUGUUCCUGAUGGUAUGUCAUCUGAUAUCUCAAAGUGUGUGGAUGUUGGACGUUGUAGGAUUAUGGGCUUGAAAAGCCAUGAUUGUCAUAUUAUGAUGGAACAAUUCCUUCCAAUUGCUCUUCGUCGCGUGUUGUCAAAAAAGGUAACUGCUCCACUUAUUAUUUUGUGUGAAUAUUUUAGAACAGUGUGUGCAAAGACCCUACAAGAAGAAGAAUUACAGAAGGCUGAAGAAGGAGUUAUUUUGGUUUUAUGUCAAUUAGAGAGAAUAUUUCCACCAUCUUUUUUCACAAUAAUGGUUCAUUUGGUGGUACAUUUAGCCUAUGAAGCAAGAAUUGCUGGGCCUGUACAUUAUCGAUGGAUGUACCCAAUAGAAAGAUAUCUAGGGAAACUUAAAAAUUUUGUGAGAAAUAAAGCACGACCAGAGGCCAACAUUGCAGAGGCAUAUUUAGCAGAUGAAUGCGUUGUGUUCUGUUCUCGUUAUGUAGAUGGUAACAGCUCAUUAAACAAUCCUGGAACACGACAUAAAGAGACACCAAAUGAUGAGUUUCCCACACUACCGAUGUUUCCACAUAUAGGGCGACCAACAAAAGGGCUUCAAGUAGUUACCUUGGAUGACAAAACUCUGACUCAAGCUCAUAGAUAUAUUCUCUCUAAUUGUGCAGUGUUGCAACCAUAUCGUGAUGAAAUAAAAAAUGAACUGAAGAGAAGACAUAGAUAUGGCCAACGCCCAAGUAAUUCUCAGUUGGAUGACAUGGUUAGAAUGCAAUUUCCAGAAUGGUUUGCAAGACGAGUUGAUCGAGUAAAUGAACGAAUCGAUGACUUAGAUCUUAGGGUGCUUUCGCGUGGUCCAAAUCCAGUAGCAUUUAGUUAUCAUGGGUUCAACAUAAAUGGGUUUGCAUUUCGCACGGUGGAAUCUGAAAAAAACAAAAAGGUGCAGAAUAGCGGAGUUAUGGUGCAGGCGAUGCAUGAUAAUGAUGAUCAUGAGUCAAUCUAUUAUGGUCGACUAACUGAUAUCAUCUCACUUGAUUAUGGUGGUCGUGGACGAAUUGUUCUUUUUCAAUGCGAUUGGGUUAACAUUGCUACAGGAGAACGUGAGGAACAUGAACCUUUUAUUUUGGCUACUCAAGCUCAAAUGGUUUAUUAUGUUCGUGAUCCAAAGGAGGAGGAUUGGUAUUGUGCCAUUCGUCACACACCAAGAGAUACAUACAACAUGGGCAAUGAAGAUGAUAUGGAUAUAAUGCAUUUUAUUCAUAAUAAUUUUUCUAAUAUGGAAUCGAUUUUAGGUGAUGUAAAUAGAGUAGAUGUUGAAUUAAUUAAAACUGAUGUAGAGGGCUCAAUAGUUGAUGUUCUUCCAGUUGUGAACAAUGAAACAGAUGAUGAAAACUUUAGUUGA